AUGAGCAGGCUUUCAGAAAUGCUAGCAAAAACCUUCAAGUAUGAUGUUUGCUACCAUUAUCAGGUGGAGGGAGGGAAGGAAUUUGGGGAGGAGGUGGAGGAAACAAGUCUGCACCUUGUAACUGGUUUGAGCACAUUGGGCAAGAAGGACUUUGGACUGGUGCUGGAUUGGAAAACGACAGCAGAGGAAAACUGGAGAAAGGCAUUUGUUUCUAGCGCCCACUUGGCUGCAGGUUGGGGUCAAAGACCGCCUGCAGGGAUUACGCAAAGGGCUGUUAUGAUGGGGCCCUCGCCUGCAGAAGCCAUCAGCCCACCUCCCUGCUCCCCCUCCACUGACUUUGUAUCCCAAGGGAUUGCGAAAGCCUCAGAGCUACAUAAAGCACUGCCUGGCUGGGCAGCCCGGCCACUACCACCAGCACUUGGGAUCUGGAGGGGCUGCAGGGACUGGCACUGUCUGGACGAGAUGGCCCACGCGAGGAGAGCUCCGGCCUGGCUGCUGCUUCUGGUGCUGGCCUUCCUGGGUGGUAGCUCAGCAGAACGGGACUGCCGAGUGAGCAGCUUCAAAGUCAAGGAGAACUUCGACAAGAACAGGUAUAGUGGUACCUGGUAUGCCAUGGCAAAGAAAGAUCCUGAGGGGCUGUUUCUGCAGGACAAUGUGGUGGCCCAGUUUACAGUAGAUGAGAAGGGACAGAUGAGUGCCACUGCAAAGGGCAGAGUCAGACUCUUUAAUAACUGGGAUGUCUGUGCAGACAUGAUUGGCUCUUUCACUGACACAGAGGAUCCUGCCAAGUUCAAGAUGAAGUACUGGGGUGUUGCUUCUUUUCUGCAGAAAGGAAAUGAUGAUCACUGGGUAGUGGACACAGAUUACGAUACUUAUGCUCUUCACUACUCCUGCCGACAACUAAAUGAAGAUGGUACCUGUGCUGAUAGCUAUUCCUUUGUGUUCUCCCGGGACCCCAAGGGAUUGCCCCCAGAGGCACAGAAAAUUGUCAGACAAAGGCAGGUAGACCUUUGCUUGGACAGAAAAUACAGAGUUAUCGUUCAUAAUGGAUUCUGCUCUUAA